GAUGGAGAGCGCGACGUUUCCUUUAAGUAUGACUUGUAUUACCUAUUUAGCAGGCGUUGAGAUUAAUUUUUAUUUUCAUUCUGUUACAGUUGCAUUUGCCAUAACAUGCAGUUUGCUGACAGUAAUAUUCAAUUCAAUAUACCUAAUUUCUAUCGUUAAGUUCACAAGAAUUUUUUUUCCAAAUGAUAUUGUAUACAUUUUGCUGUCGGUUAGUGAUUUGUUAGCUGGUUUCGUAUACAUGCCAACUUGGUGCGCAGCAUGGAUUGCGGCUAUACACCAAUCAAGGCACGAAUGCUUUCUUUUGAAGUUGGUCAAUAUAACUGGACAUAUUUUAGCUGCUAUGUCACUGCUUGCAAUAGUUGGUAUUACACUAGAUAUCUAUUUAUCCAUUCUUCACCCGUUUUUUUACGAAAAGCGUGUGACAAAUAGACGAACUUUACUCUUUGUAACUGGCCUUUGGCUAUUGACCAUUGUAUUAAUUAUUUCAUUAAGUGCAAUUUCAUUGAAGUAUUGGCGAAUAAACGAAAAUAUAGCAGGAAUUUUCGCAGUUGUAUCAUGUGUUACUGUUUCCAUGAUGCAUAUAAGGAUAUACUUUGAAAUAAAAAGUAUGUGCAGAAAAGUACCAUGCAGUAGUUUGUCACAGAUCCAUAUUCUGAAAACAAAGAAGAAAGUUUCCAGGACAGGAACAAAGAUAUUAUUGACCUUCAUUUUAUGCUUCUUACCCAUUAGUUGCUGUCUCAUGUAUCGCAACUUUGUUAAAAGAACAACAUUUAUGGCGUCAUAUGCAGAGAAAAUCGCACAUUGUAUUUUUCUAUUGAAUCCAUUGUUGGAUCCCUUUGUGUACUAUUUCAGACUAUCAAGAAUUCGGUCAAACAUAAGUCGAAUAUUUGUUAAAAACAGUAGAAAAUCGAUGCCCGAUAAGCACGAGUAAGGUGAAUAAUGAAAAAAUUUGACAGCUUAAUAUCUUCGUACUCAUUAUUUGACAAUGAAUACAUCUACAAACCAACAAAAAUUACGAAAGUAAUUUCUCUAAUAGACAUCUUGUAGCAAAGAAAGUUCGGUUACAUUUUUCUGUAGUGUUUUCGUAACAGUUUUACAUUUGGUUAAUCAAGAAAUCGUUGAGUCACAGAACCUUAAAAACUUAGAUACAAUUUACAAACGAUUCUCACUGUAAUAAAGGUGCAAAGAAGACUCUGCAUUUCACAUUUCAGCCGAUGAAAACUGUAUAAAAUAUGCUUAUAGAAAAUGCAGUAAGCAAAUGUUCAUGCAUUUUUGAAGUAACAACAAUACCCGACUCGCUAAUUUUUGUUGAA